GCCAAUCUGCACUGCGCUCAGUUGCAGUGUUUGAAGCUCCACGAGUGGUGAUAUUGCUAUUAGUCUAUUUCUGGUCGGUGAUGAUGAUGAUGCGCCCGUAACAUCGUGCCCUCCUUCGCCAGCCUCGGCUGCAACUUCCGCCGCCUGCAACCUCUCGUACAUGCACCGCCGCAUAGCCAUCUGCUGAAGACCAACACCAUCACCAUCACCACGCCCGACGCGCCUUUCCCGCCUACAACGUCAUCCCAGCCCACUGCUGCCCAGCCCACUCGCCACAUCUAGCUGAACUCCUCUGGGCGCCUGCACGCGCGUGGGCAGUGCACAGCCACAAGCCCGUUUGUCUCUUGGGGCCCGGGCGUGGCGACUGUCUUUCACUGCUGCGCAUGCAUAGCGGGGCACUAUGGGUGUCAUCAAGAAGAAAACGGGGACGCGGGGUACAGAGGGCGGCAUCAAGUAUGUCUGCGAUGUCUGUUCGUCCGAUAUCACAUCAACGGUUCGCAUACGCUGCGCCGAGGAGGCCUGCCAUGAGUACGAUCUCUGCGUACCCUGCUUCUCCGACGGCAAAGCAUCUCGAGACCACAAGCCCGCAACACAUACCUUUCAAGUCAUUGAGCAGCACUCCAUACCCAUAUACACUGCGGACUGGGGCGCUGAUGAAGAGCUGGCUCUACUAGAGGGUGCAGAGACGUACGGCCUUGGAUCAUGGGCGGACAUUGCAGACCAUAUUGGUGGUUAUAGGGAAAAGGAUGAAGUACGAGACCACUACAUCAACACCUACGUGAAUAGCUCGAAAUUCCCGCUACCAGAGCAUUGCAGCAAAGAUGAUACCGACCUCAGCAGCCAAAUACCCCGGAACGAAUUCCAAGCCAACAAAAAGCGAAGGAUAGAGGACAAAAAGGAUGCGGCUGCGAGUGCAGUGCCCGCUACGCCCAAACAGAAGCCUACAGCUAGUGUACCGGCCUGCCAUGAGGUUCAAGGGUACAUGCCGGGUCGUUUGGAGUUUGAGACCGAGUAUUUCAACGAAGCAGAAGAGGCUGUACAGCACAUGCAAUUCGAACCAGGUGAUGGUAUUAACCCAAGAACCGGCGAGAUGGAACCGGAAAUGGAGCUGAAAAUGAUCAUCAUGGAGAUCUACAACUCCAAAUUAGAUGCCAGAGUGGAAAGGAAGAAGAUAAUUUUCGAGCACCAACUUCUCGAGUACCGCAAGAACCAAUUGGCUGAUAAGAAGCGGACGAAGGAAGAGAAGGACCUCAUGAACAAGGCGAAGCCUUUUGCGAGGAUGAUGCAGCAUGCGGACUUUGAGGAAUUUUGCAAGGGACUAGAGUAUGAACACAACCUACGACAGGCCAUCUCUCAGCUGCAAGAGUGGAGGAAUAUGCAAAUCACAAACCUUAGAGCUGGUGAGAAGUAUGAGACGGAGAAGCAACAACGUCAGUCCCGAGCACCUGCAAUUGGUCAAUUUGAUCGCCUGGCGUCAAGUAGAAUCGGGAAGCCUACGCCGCCAUUCGAACAACCAUCGGCAGCAACAGCACUGCUGGGCCAAGAUCUACCUUUGCAUAUAAAGCAGAAGAGCGGGCUCACGACCCCACCCCCAGAUCGCGCGCCCAAUGGCACAAGCGGUGCAAAUGGGGGUUCAACUCCACAGCAUUCGAAGACGAAGUUUGUGCCCAAGCCACUACCCAAUACGGUACCUUUGAAGUUUGGCAAGGAAGCGAAGGCGGACCUUCAACUGCUCACUGCAGAAGAGGUGGACUUGUGCAGCACUCUGCGUAUCAUGCCGAAGCCCUUCCUAGCACUCAAGGAGACUAUAUUACGGGCUGCUUUGAACAACGGCGGUGCUCUAAAGAAGAAGACUGCCAGGGAAAUAUGUAAGAUCGAUACGAGUAAGUCGUCGCAGUUGUUCGAAUACCUGGUGCACAGCGGGUGGAUUGCGAGGGCCUAAGGCGAGGAGUACUGUUUAGCUUGGCGUUGAGGUCACGGUAUACCCCGGACUCUAGAGGCACUGGCAUGUCUUGCGUGUGUCUGGCUAUCAUUAUAGCCCAUUGUUGAAUGCGAUUAGUUUGAAGUUC